CAUGCGCCGUGCGCGGACAAGAUGGCGGCGCCCGUGGAUCUGGAGCUCAAGAAGGCGUUCUCGGAGCUGCAGGCCAAGGUGAUGGACACGCAGCAGAAGGUGAAACUGGCCGACCUGCAGAUCGAACAGCUCACCAAGACCAAGAAGCACGCGCACCUCACCGACACGGAGGUGAUGAUGCUGGUGGACGAGACCCGCAUGUACGAGGGCGUGGGGCGGAUGUUUAUUCUUCAGCCUAAAGGAGUGAUUCAUAAUCAACUCUUAGAAAAACAGAGAAUAGCUGAAGAGAAAAUUAAGGAGUUAGAGCAGAAGAAGUCGUACCUGGAGCGGAGCGUGAAGGAAGCAGAAGACAAUAUCCGGGAGAUGCUGAUGGCCCGCAGGGCACAGUAGUGGCACCCCUGGGUGGCAGCCCUGGCUGCUCUGGGCUGAUCCCCGUUGCCUGACCCCCCUUACCCCACCUUAAUAAAACAGUGCUGUGGCGCACA